UUCUCUCUUUAUUAUAAUGUACUUCGGUGCAGCUGGCGUCAAUGUUUUAAAAGCUAAGGUUCACUUUGGUUGAAACUUUAUUAUUGUCUUGUUUACAAUGAUGUCGCAACUUCCCUCAUAAUGUUUCUGUCGCUGUCAUGGGUGACCAGCCUCUAUUUUCCCCAAUGCUAAUAGAGGUUCGCUGUACUAUUGUUGGUCGAAAUAUUCUAAGCUCAAGUGUCCUUGGUGUCCAUUUGGCAGGUAAGAUGAGUGUGGGCUUUAUAGGAGCAGGCCAGGUGGCUCACGCACUGGUGCGAGGCUUCACAGCAGCAGGGGUAAUCGCCGCCCACAGAAUCACAGCCAGCUCCCCGGAAACAGAUCUCCCUACUGUCCAAGGACUCCGGAAACUAGGGGUGUAUUUCACGACAAGCAACAAAGAGACGGUGACCAAGAGCGACGUCCUCUUCCUGGCAGUGAAGCCCCACAUCAUUCCAUUUGUGUUGGACGAGAUUGGACCAAGCAUCGAACCUCGCCACCUUAUUGUUUCCUGCGCCGCUGGUGUCACCAUCAGCUCCAUCGAGAAGAAGCUGCUGCAGUAUCAUGCCGCUCCGAAGGUAAUGCGUUGCAUGACCAACACGCCAGUGGUUGUGCGUGAAGGGGCUACUGUGUACGCCACGGGUACCCAUGCAGAGGUGGAGGAUGGAAAGCUGCUAGAGCAGCUCAUGGCCAGCGUGGGUUACUGCACAGAGGUGGAGGAGGACCUCAUUGAUGCGGUUACAGGCCUGAGUGGAAGCGGACCUGCUUACGCUUUCACUGCUGUGGAGGCCCUCGCUGACGGCGGCGUGAAGAUGGGCCUGCCCAGGAGACUCGCUGUACGUCUUGGCGCUCACGCCCUGCUGGGCGCCGCUCGGAUGUUACUAGACUCGGAGCAGCACCCCGGGCAGCUCAAGGACAACGUGUGCUCACCGGGGGGCGCCACCAUCCACGCCCUCCACGUCAUGGAAAGCGGCGGCUUCCGCAGCCUCCUCAUCAACGCCGUUGAGGCCUCCUGUAUUCGAACCAAGGAACUACAGUUCUUGGCAGACCAAGAGAGAAUUUCACCAGCUGCCAUUAAGAAGACAACCCUCGACAAAGUGAUGCAGCAGCCAGGAGUGACCGUGGAGGCCGUGGGCGUGCGAUCACGUGGGAUAAGCAUCUUCAACCACAACAAUCCAAGAACAAAGAAAAGUUGAUUAGGCUCCAAGAGAAAUAACACAAGUUGGCAUUCCUUUCCCUUUGUUUUAUUUUAACAUUUCAGAAAAGUACAGACUUUACACAAUGUAAGACAGUGCUUUGCAAUGAACUUGGGGUUGAGAAUCUAGUAUUUAUGCAAUACAUAUAUGGACUACUGAGUUUGGGCGAGAGGGAUUGUACACUUUAUAAGCUACCUGGGGUAACGUUUCUUUUUCCAGUUAAUUUUAACAAAAUGCAUUCGAAAUAUUAAAAUUAAAAGUGACACAGAUGGGUUUUUUUUACACAAAUAGUAUGAUUCGGACCAUCUGUCAAUUUUAAAUCAAUAAAAUGUCAACUUUGAGUACAA